AUCAUAUCCAUAGCCAACAACUUUUUUCUUCUUUGCACUUGUAGGCAAUGAAAUUAUGGGAGCAUUUACGGGGGUAUCAAUGUCCGCCGUUGUGGAAGUGUCUGUCAGAGCAUCUGCGUUCGCUAACUUCACUCCUGUUGAAGUUCUUACAGAAACUCUUGACAGCACCGGAGGCACAGGUACCGGAACUGGAGGUGCAGGUUCCCUCUGCCAGCAGACUCAAAGAGGCCGGCGUGAAAUUCAAGAGAGGCAGAUCACUAAGUUUCGUGGUUGUGCUCCUAUGGUCACAUCUUACGCCAAACUCAUGGAUAAUCUCAUCGACACAGUUGAAGACAUAGACACACUACGCAAGAGUGGCAUUAUUUGCAACUCGUUGAAUCCACGCGACGCAACUAAGUUCUCAAUAGCUAUACAAUGGCACUUAUAUCAGCUGCAACCAUUAUGCUGUCAUCUACAGGCAAGUGAAUCGUUACUGCCAGCGGUGGUGGCCUAGAUGGCGAGCCUUUUACAUUCACAACCACUUUCGCAAGCCAUGGGCUAUUUUUUCUCAAAUAUUUGCUCUGUUUAUUUUGACUCUCACCAUUUUACAGGUGAUACAUAUAUAAGUAAAAACUAAAGGAG